AUGGCUUUUGGCUUUGAUAACCACUUCCGCCUCUGUGAAACCCCCUUCACCUGUGGCUUUUUUGACAUCACCCUCACCCGGUUCCCUUUUGACCUCUCUGGCUCCUCAUUCUCCAUUUCCUUCACGAGCUGGGCUCCGACCUUCCCUCCGGGGGGCUCAGGGACGGCCGCUCGCUCGCGGGGCAGGCUGCCCGCCUCCUCCGGCGUUCGCGGGCAUCCUCGACGCCCGGCGCCCCCCGACGCGCGCCACCCGCCCGCGCAGGCAGACGUCCCUCUCGGCUCCCCGCGCUCGCGGCACUUCGAACCUCUACGCGAGCUUUCCUCCCCGUCGCGCUUUACAAAUCAAUGGUUCCUACCAGCGGUUAGAGGAGACAUCCCUCCAGGUUGCGCUGCCCACGGAUUUGUCUGUGAUGGUACCAGAAUAUUAGUGUUCGGGGGAAUGGUUGAAUAUGGAAGAUACAGCAAUGAGUUGUAUGAGUUGCAAGCAAGUCGUUGGUUAUGGAAAAAAGUGAAACCCCACCCCCCUUCUUCUGGUUUACCUCCUUGUCCCCGGCUUGGACAUAGCUUCUCUUUAUAUGGUAACAAAUGCUAUUUGUUUGGUGGUCUGGCAAAUGAAAGUGAAGACUCAAACAAUAAUGUUCCCAGAUAUUUAAAUGAUUUCUAUGAGUUGGAGCUACAGCACGGUUCUGGUGUUGUGGGUUGGAGCAUUCCAGUGACUAAAGGGAUUGUGCCUUCUCCAAGAGAAUCCCACACAGCUGUGAUAUAUUGCAAAAAAGAUUCUGGAAGUCCUAAAAUGUAUGUCUUUGGUGGAAUGUGUGGUGCUCGCCUGGAUGAUCUAUGGCAACUUGACUUAGAAACGAUGUCGUGGUCAAAACCAGAAACUAAAGGGACGGUGCCACUUCCACGAAGCCUUCACACAGCCAGUGUUAUAGGAAACAAGAUGUACAUUUUUGGUGGAUGGGUUCCACAUAAGGGGGAGAAUAUUGAGACUUCACCUCAUGAUUGUGAAUGGAGAUGUACUAGUUCAUUUUCUUAUCUAAAUCUGGAUACAGCAGAGUGGACCACCCUCGUAUCGGAUUCUCAGGAAGAUAAAAAAAAUUCAAGACCAAGACCACGAGCUGGACACUGUGCUGUUGCAAUUGGCACUCGAUUGUAUUUUUGGAGUGGAAGAGAUGGCUACAAAAAAGCACUGAAUAGUCAAGUUUGCUGCAAGGAUCUUUGGUAUCUUGAUACUGAGAAACCGCCGGCACCAUCACAAGUACAGCUGAUCAAAGCCACUACCAACUCUUUCCACGUCAAAUGGGAUGAAGUGCCUACAGUUGAGGGCUAUCUUUUGCAGCUGAAUACAGACUUGCCACACCAAACUGCAUCAUCAGAUUCCUCACUGGCACCAAAUCUACAAGGAGUCAGAAUGGACCCUCACAGACCAGGCAGUAAUAGCACCGUUCCUAACAGUAUCAGCGAUACAACGAACAGUGCAAAAACUGAACAUACACCUAUGAAAGGAACUUCUGUGAAAAACAGACCAGAUCUCAAAGCAUCAACUGAUUUUAAUGCUGCUUUACAUCCAUCUAUGGCAACUAAUACUUCUAAUCAUAAUAGUUGUGUUGUGGAUAUGUUAAGGAAAAAUGAAGGUCCUCAUACUUCAGCAAAUAUAGGUGUUCUAAGUAGUUGCCUGGACUUAAGAACAGUAAUCCCUGAAACUUCUGUAUCCAGUUCUGUUUCCAGCGCACAAACUAUGGUAACCCAGCAGACCAUUAAAACUGAAUCAUCCAGUACAAAUGGGGCAGUUGUUAAAGAUGAAACUUCACUAACAACAUUCAGUACCAAAUCUGAAGUUGAUGAUACAUGUGCCCUGCCUGCAACUAAGAUCAGCCGUGUGGAAACACAGGCCACAGCGAUGUCAUUUUCUAAAGAGACUCCUUCAAAUCCAGUGGCCACAGUGAAAGCAGGAGAACGACAGUGGUGUGAUGUAGGAAUUUUUAAAAAUAACACAGCUUUGGUGAGCCAGUUUUAUUUGCUGCCCAAAGGGAAGCAAAGCAUCUCAAAGAUAGGAAAUGCGGACGUACCUGACUACAGUUUACUUAAGAAACAAGAUCUUGUUCCAGGCACAGGAUACAGAUUCAGGGUAGCAGCCAUCAAUGGAUGUGGAAUAGGCCCUUUCAGCAAGAUCAGUGAAUUUAAAACUUGUAUUCCCGGUUUUCCUGGAGCUCCUUCUGCAGUCAGAAUUUCAAAGGUCCUGCCCCUCUUUAGAGAAGAAAAGAUCUGCUUUCAGAAUGUUGAGGGUAUCCACCUUUCCUGGGAACCUCCAACUUCACCUUCUGGAAAUAUUUUGGAAUAUUCAGCCUACCUGGCUAUCCGCACAGCACAAAUACAAGAUAAUCCAAGUCAACUUGUGUUUAUGAGGAUUUAUUGUGGUCUUAAGACAUCAUGUAUAGUAACUGCUGGGCAACUUGCAAAUGCACAUAUCGAUUAUACGUCCAGGCCUGCCAUUGUGUUCAGGAUAUCAGCAAAGAAUGAAAAGGGAUAUGGACCAGCUACGCAAGUUCGAUGGCUUCAAGGAAUUUCCCGGUUCUGCUGCCGAUACAAAUCUGGAGUGAAUAUACAGAGCAAUAUAACUGCAGAAAAGAUGGUUCAAACUAAGAGCCGUAAUAACUGCAGGGGCCCAGGCCUAUCUGUUUCUACCAUGCGACCUUAUGCCAGGUCAGGUGGACUGAGUAGCUGUGUCCUCGAGCUUCACAUAUAA